GCCAAGUCGUCGUAUAAGCGGGAAGACAGAAAAAUUUUCAGAACCGAAGCAGCUUUUAAUGGCGGGAAGAGAACGACCCAAUAGAGCACAAUCGAAACGCUGAAGUGAAGAGACGAAAGAGAGGCUUGGUGGUAGACUGAGGUACAGGAAAGAGACGAGCAAUGUCUUCGCAAGAGCCACUCCCCAAAUGGGCUUCCAAGCCUUGUGUAAUGGGCAUCGAUGAAGCUGGUCGAGGCCCUGUUUUAGGGCCAAUGGUGUAUGGAUGCCUGUACUGCGCUAGUUCCUAUUUGGAAGAACUUUCGUCUUUGAGUUUUGCAGACUCAAAAACGCUGAAAGAAGAGAAGAGGGAGGAAUUGUUUGAAAAUUUGAAGGCUAAUGAAUCAAUUGGAUGGGCAGUUGAUGUCAUAGAUCCACGGGAGCUAUCAUCCAAAAUGUUAAAUAAAGUUAAGAUCAACCUAAAUGAAAUAUCGCAUGACUCUGCAAUGGGUCUUGUCAGCAAGGUUCUAGGCAUGGGAGUUCUUUUAACUGAGGUUUAUGUGGAUACUGUUGGAGACCCUGAAAAGUACAGAAUAAAAUUAUCUGAAAGAUUUCCCAACGUUAAAUUUGUCGUGGCAAAGAAGGCUGAUAGUUUAUAUCCUGUUGUCAGUGGGGCAAGCAUAGUCGCAAAGGUCACAAGGGAUCGUGCGUUGCGGGAAUGGGCAUUAGAAGAAACAGCUGAAAACAUGCAUAGAAAUUUUGGUUCUGGAUACCCUGGAGAUCCAACAACUAAAUCUUGGUUAGAAGAUCACAGACAUUCGGUAUUUGGGUUCCCCACAUUGGUCCGCUUCAGUUGGGGUACAUGCAAUCCAUAUUUCAAAGACAUUGUUGAAGUAUCAUGGGAAUCAGACAAAGUGGAUGAAGAUGGGGCAAAUGCUGGAAGUGGUAAGAAACAAUUAAGACUAAGCAAUGUUGGUAUCACCACAUCCAAGAGAAAGAGUGAAGAAAUUGAAUCAAAUGCCAAAGGACGCUGCAAGUUUUUCCAGGCUAGAAAACUCGAACAACUCACUCACUUUUGAAUGUUAAAUUUGAUCACUUUCCAUGUCCUAACAACCAUAACUUACAAAAACAGAUUCAAUAUUGGAUGGAAUUUUAAGACAGCAGUUGAUAAGCCGAUCUAAUUUGGCUGUGUACAAACGAAGUUAAAAGAAAACUGGGUAUUGUACUAAAAAGAAAAACGGAGAUAUAUAAUUGAGGUAUUUCCA